GGGAAAGAACCCUCCUCAGUUUAGCAGCAACUGGACACAUAAGCACUUCAGCAUCUCUCUGGGACUGUAUCAGACAAUAGGGGUAUCAUGGCGUGGAAAUAUUGCAUCAUCGGAAUUUUCUGUUUUCUUGCUAUACCCUCAAUUUCUGGUCAGUGUCCAGAUGAGUGUAAAUGUGUAAGACCAGGACAAGUAGAAUGUUCUGGAUCAGAUGUCUUGGAAAUUCCUACAUCUAUUCCUCCAAAUAUCAGAAGCCUCCUGAUAAUCAACACAGAGGUUACAGAACUUCAAGAUGGUAUUUUAGAAAACAUGACCGCAUUGCUGAUUCUCAGGAUUGAAAAAAGUGAAUUGUCCACAUUAGGAUCCAAAGCACUCUCCAACUUGAUUUCCCUUCGUUAUCUGAGUUUGCUCAACAAUAGACUGCAAGAGAUACCUGAAUCUCUAUUUGAAGACCUAACAAAAUUAGAAACCCUAAUUUUGGCAAACAACCAAAUUAGCCAGCUUCCUCGUUUGCUGUUUGCUCCUCUAAUUAGUUUGAAAGAACUUCAGUUGCAGGGGAAUAACUUGAGAUCGUUACCCAGUGGAGUUUUUGAUCAGAUGUUUGGACUUGCUAAACUAAAUGUUGCUAAAAACUAUCUUGAACAUCUACCUUCAAAUAUUUUUGAUAAAGCCACUAACCUUCAGACUCUAAGACUGUAUGAAAACUACCUCAAGGACAUUCCAGAUGGAUUAUUGAAUAACCUAAGCAAUCUUCAAGAGGUGGCAUUACACAGCAACUACAUCAGUCAACUACCAGCCGAUACAUUCUCCAACAACCCAAAUUUACAAAAAAUAUUCAUAUCAAAUAACAAGCUUGUCUCAUUGCCCCAGAGCCUUUUAAUGAACUUACCAGAGCUCUCCAAGCUUACACUGCAUGGAAAUGCUAUAAAAGAAAUCACAACUGGAGUAUUUGGGCCACUGCCCAAAUUAAAGGAACUUUGGUUAUAUGACAACAAACUUGAAAGACUUGGAGAUUAUGUGUUUAUGAACCUAACUAACACCCAGAUACUCAUUCUAAGCAGGAAUAAAAUCCAGUUCAUCUCCAGUGAUGCUUUCUAUGGAUUAGAUGAUCUCCUAGAAUUGUCUUUGCAUACAAAUGCCUUAACAACUUUGGAACAAGAUGUAUUACGGAGUCUACCUAAGCUACAGACAAUUUCCCUUCAUACCAAUAAAAUCGAGCAUCUGCCUGCAGGUCUGUUUGCAGAUUUGUACAAUUUAGCGACAAUCCAACUGCAAAACAACUCACUGGAAAAUCUCCCAGAGGGUAUUUUUGAUUCUCUGGAAAACUUGAAUGAAGUCAAGCUCUUCUACAACCCAUGGAGGUGUGACAACAAGCUCCGUCCCUUCCAGAAGUGGGUAUCCCAAUACAAGCACAAAGUUGGAAACAACAGUCAGCUAGUUUGUACCAACCCACCUUUCAAGGAUAUGCUGCUUUCUGAUUUAGAUGAACAUCAACUAGAGAUGUCAACUACAGGUGCAGAUAUGAUUCAUUCCACUGUUAUUACGGACAUAAGCACCACCAUCAAUGAAUUUCCAUUUACUUCCCAAACACCUAAAAAGGUUGAUACCACUUUAAAGUUUAUAGAUGUAACACCAACUGCAGAUGAUAACUUCAUAGAACCAACCAGCAUGCUGUAUGAUGAUGAAUUUGAAGAAGAGCGUGGUGGAAACAGCCUAAUAGUUGUUGUGAUUAUAGUCAUAGUUUUGGUUUGCCUAGCUCUCAUAUGCACUGUUAUCACCUGCGUAGUGUACAACAGGAGGAAGAAGAGCCAAGUAGAGCUUAUGAGAAUGAAACAGCAGAAUGAAGCCUGAGGGCCUGGACUACUUGACAAAUUACAUAACAAUCUUUUACUCCAACUUAGACAAGCAGUCACGCUUGUUAGACAUGUGUCAAGACAGAGUCACAUACUUGUGCCCUUAUGUAAAACUUUAAGAGUUUUCAAAUAUUGUUAUCUAAGUGUGGCUCAGUUUAAAUGUGCCCUUUAGUUUGCCUUAUUUUUGCAAUUUACUGUUGGAGAAAAAAAGCAAUAUAUGAAGACAAAAUCCAGAGCCAGAUUACCCAUAAGGUGGCAUAAGUGGCUGCCUAGGGCCCAGGCCAAGACAGGGGGCCCUAGUGGGCCCCUGUCUUGGCCUGGGACUCCGUCUCUGUAUGUGUGGGGACUAUCUCUGAGCCGGCAGGGAGAUCAACAGAUCUCUUUGUGUGUCUCUGUCCCCGUCAGCAAAGAGUGACCCAUUUCCUUUCUGUGUGGCACUAUUAGGAGGAAGUGAUGUCAGCUCACUUCCCGCUGGCACGAGAAGUCAUCUGCAGGAGAGGGAAGAGAAAGCCCUGCUGCACUACCUUCAGUCUAAAGCAGCUCACUGGACCACAGGGAAGCCACUCUCCUCCAGCACAAAUGUAGGAAAAGAUUAGAGAAACUAAAACAAAAUUCAAUGUGUGUGUGUGUGUGUGUAUGUGUGUGCCAGUCCUUAUAUCUAUGUGACAGUGUGUAUGGCAGCAUGAAUGUGUGUUGUCUAUGUAUGUGUAUCAUAAUGAUCUGUGUGUGUGUGUGUGUGUUGCAGUGUGUAUCUUUGAGAGGUAUUUAAUAUAUGUUUUUUAUAUAUGUGUGGCAGUGUGUCUGUGUGUGUGGCACAGUGUAUCUGUUUUAAUAUGUGUUUGUAAUGGUGGAUCUGUAAGUGUUUCUGUAUGAGUG